UGAAUUCAAACGUUUAGUUCGUUUAAUCGUUGAACAUUAUUUUCAUAUAUUGAAAACGAUUUGCUUAUUAUUUUUGAUAAUUGCUACAUUGUAUUAAUCACAAUUUAUUCUACAAUUCUAUUUGAAAAAGUUAUAAUAAUUUUAAAUCUUUUCAAAUUAUUACUAAAGAAGAAUAAUUUUUUAUUUCCGUCGAAUUUAAACGUCGAUGCGUAUACCAAACAAAAUCAUUUCAAUCUAAAUUUCAAAUAAUCUUAUUAAUUUGAGCAAAAGUGUAAUAGUGAUGAAGUGGUUUACUUUACUUUCUUUAUUAUCAAUCUAUUUAAGUCAGUGUGUUAUUUAUUCAAAAGAAACACCGCAAAAUCGAUGUUCCGUUGUACAAUUAUUAAAUGGAAAAGUACGCGCACGGGCUAGAGGUAGAAUCGUUAGAUUUCAUUGUAACCAUGGUUACACCCUCGUGGGGAACAGAUAUUCUACGUGUAUACAUGGACAAUGGGACACACCAGUACCAGUAUGUGUUAAUGCAGAAUGUGCGGCUCUUCCUAAACCCGAACACGCUUUAGUAGCUAAGAAGCAUGAUGGUGCGAUACUUAUGUAUUUCUGCGAAGCUGGUUAUGCUUUAAUUGGGGCAUCUGAAAUUUAUUGCAAUGGUCAUAGUUGGAAUGCAACAGCUCCCUAUUGCAGAGAUACGAGCGCGACUGCACCUACUAAGUGUGACUUUGAGAAGCCGGAUUUAUGCUGGUGGGAACAGGAUCCUCUACAUGAUUUUGACUGGCGGCGAUAUAAUUUUGAAACACCGAGCUCGCACAUUGGCACAGGUCCGACACAUGAUCAUACAUUGGGAGCUGGAAAUGAAGGAUAUUACCUUUAUAUUGAGGCAUCUGGACGUCUUGUAAAUGAUACAGCAAGAAUUAUCUCUCCUCUGUACAACGCCUCAUUAACAGAAUCUGGAUGCUUUUCAUUCUGGUAUCAUAUGUAUGGUGCUGCAAUCGGUGCCCUACGAGUAUAUUUCAAAUUAGAAACGGAUACUAACCCACAGUUAAUGUUUCAUAAGGAGGGUAAUCAAGGAAACCAAUGGUUACAUGGUAUUUUUACUUUACCAAGAGUAGAUAAGAAUUUUCAGUUAAUCAUUGAAGGUGUACGAGGUAUGAGCUAUGUAAGUGAUAUUGCUGUUGAUGAUAUUGCUAUUUUGCAAGGAAAAGAAUGUGAUACUAACACAAGUGAUAUUAGUACAACCACCAUGACAACUAAUAAUAAUGAUCAAGUCGAAAUAGUAAGUGCAGCGCAAACUUGUCAAGGAAGGUGUAACAAUUCACCUACAUCUAUGUUCAUUACUCUUGAGCCACAAGAUGAAGAACCACAUGUAUACAUGGUAGAGCAGUGCCAGUGCACAUCAGAUUGUGCAGAAUAUGCUCUCUGUUGCCCAGAUUAUGCAGAAUACUGUGUUCUUGCUUUUACAGAUGAUGGAAUUACUCAGGAGAUUACAGAAGCUACCACUAGUACUACUACAAAUCAAAACAAAAUUAAUAUUACAAGAUUACUACCAAAUAUUACUAAACCAAUAAAAUAUGAAACGACAACUUUGUCUACAACCAUAAAUCGUAAUCAUAUACCAAUAGAUCCAAAAGAUUAUAUUGAACCCAAUGCAACAAAACUACGAGAAACAGAAGCACCAACAACAAAAAUAUCUGUGAAACUUACUACGAAGAGCACUACUACUGUUCAUGGAACUGAACCCUUUAUAUUACUUAAAACAUCAACAACACAUGUAACAACAACAUAUAAACCAACGACAACAACAAAACAGGUUGAAAUAACUGAACAAUAUGAUCCAGAAAUAAGUGUGAGAAUAGAAAACCCCAAAAAAUUUCAUCAUAACAGUGGAAAAAUUGGACGGCCUGGUAUUAUUGGUUUAAUUAUUGGCAUAUUAACCGGAAUUGUUGUUGUUUCAAUAGUAGCAUUUUUCAUUAUUACAAGAAGAAAAACUUACAAACGUGGAACUGGAAAUUCUUCUCUUUCUGAAGAUAGUGAUGUUCGCUUCUUAACAUCAGAUGAAAUGCUUGAUUUUAAUCUGGCAAAGCCUAGUGAUAAUGAUGAGUUGUAAGAUGUUACAUGAAUGAUA